AUUGCAAGUGUACAGACAUACACACUGGCACACCCAGACACACACAGACACAAACUGAUACACAUGAGCACACUGACGUACGUAUAUACACAGAGACGUACACACUGAGGUAUGCACACAGGUUUGCAGACACGUACACAUACACAGAGGGAUACACACGGACAGACACAGACGCACAUACGCGCCUUAUCAAUGUCGUUCCAAGCGCUUUUUUUCUAACAGAUUUAAACGACAACUUGGAAAAUGUUGCCUAUUCAAGAAAUCGUCACUAGGGAACAGUUAAAUGAGCUGCGAGAUCGCGAGACGGUGGUCGUGAGCCAGGUCUCCAUGGCCACGCGAGGGAUUUGCGAGCCUCUCAAAAAGUCUCAGAGGAUUUUCCACAACACGGCUCUGGACUUCACUGAGAGUGGGCGGGGCCUGCGGGUGGAGGCGGCCACGCCCCACUUGGUGAGCGUGGGCGGGGGGCGACUCUCCACGGCCGUGACGCUGCUGCCCCUGCACGAGGGGCAAACUAAGCUGGGCACGGCGGAUUCGAUUCCUCCUCCCGACAUCGAGAUCCGCGGUCCCGGAGCGCAGCGCGACCACUGCAUCAUCGAGUCGCGGGGCGGCGCCAUCACCCUGGUGCCCUGCGGCCACCCCUGCACCAUCGACGGCACCGCCGUGCGGGAGCCCACGCGGCUCACUCAAGGCUGCAUGCUGUGUCUCGGACAGUGGAACUUCUUCCGUUUCAAUCAUCCGGACGAGGCGGUGAGAAUCCGCAGCAUGCUGGCCCCGUCGGCGAACCCGCCUGCCGCCCCGUCACACGCCAUGAGCUCGGUGAACGGCAACGACCCCCGGCGCAGGGACGGGGCGCCGGCAGGGCGGGCCGGCGCUCGAGACAAACUCCUCAACGCCUGCUCCAUCGAGCAGGACCUGCAGGACAUCAUCGACUCGCUCACGCUGGAAAGCAACACAGCCGCCGGCGCCCCGCUCACGCCGGCCUCCUUCGCCAGCGUCGCCUCCGCUCCGGAGAACGGCAACAACAACCGGCAGCAGCCGCAGCCCCGCGGCGUGCCGUGCUCCCCUCCCUCGAGCCCGGGCCGCGUCUCCCUCUCCGGCUCGUGCUACGACAACCUGGCGUCCGCCUCGUCGUCGCCAUCGUCGUCAACGUCGUCCAACGACAACCGCGGCACGCCGCCCGUGCCCGCCCGCUCCUCCAGCUACAACUUCACUUCGCAGCGCUCCGCCAACGGCUUCCGCGCCGCCGCCGCCGCCGCCGCCGCGGCGACGGCGACGCCGGCGGCGCCGGCCGCCGGGGCCGAAAGCCCCCGCGCGCCGAGGCGACGGAUCCGGGACGCGCCCACGGAGCGGCCUCACCUGGCGCACGCCAAACCCAGCCAGGGCGGCGGUGCCGACGCCGCGGCGGCCUGCUUCCCAGGCUUCUCGCCGGAGGGCCCGCCGAGCCCGAGGCUGCCCAGGGUUUCUCCGGAGAGGGGCGGGGGGGCGGCCACGGCGGCCGGGCCCGUGCCACUCUCCCCGCGGGCGGCGAGGAGAUCGGCGACCCCGCCUGCCAGCCCGGAGGCCUCGCGCCGCGGCUGCUUCCCCAUCUCCCUCGCCUCCCCGCAGGGUCCCUCGAGGUGGCAGCAGCAGCAGCAGCCGCCGCACUCGCCGUCGUCGGCAAGAAGACUCGUGGCGCGCGGUGGCGGUGGCGGAUCCUCGGAAGGCCGCUCUCCGACGUUGGGCGUCCAGAGCGACCAGCGUUGGGGUCAGCCUCAGGCGAAGCCCGCGGCCGUAGGCCCCGACGGGUCCCCUCGCUCCCCGCUCAGCCCUGAUUACGGCCACCACCAGCAGCAGCAGCAGCGGCGCCCCCUGGACGCGCUGCCUCCUCUGAGCCCGAAGUCGAGCCGCAAGGCCGCGGCUUCGCCGGCGCUGGCCGGGCCAGAGUCGUGCCCCUCGGUCGGCAAACGCCUCGGAGGUGUCUUCACCAGUCCGGCGUUCGUACGGCGGUCCAGCGGAGGUGUUGGUGGUGGUGCUGGUGGUGAUAGUGGCGGCGGUGCACGAGAAGGCCUCGUUAUUUUCGACCACGAAUUCGGUGCCGCCGCGGCGGCGGCGUCGUCGUCGCCCUCGGGCCCGCCGGGCGGCUCUUUCAGCGUCGCGACCAAGGUUAAGAUCCCGGCGUCAACAACAACAACAACAGCAGCGGCGGCGGCGGCGUCAACAACGACGACGACGACCACCACGCCACCCGUGCCGCGGUCUCCCUGCCGGAGCCCCGGGCUGCAGCGCAGGCGACCGCCGGCGCCGCCCUCGCCGAAUCUGUCGUCGAGUCUGACGAUGACGAUGAGGUCGCCCGCCGCAACCCCCGCAACCUCACCGAUCGCCGCCGCCGCCGCCGCCGCGAAGCCGGACGGGGGGCGGCCGUCGGCCCUCGAUCGUUCCGCCGGUUCGGAUUCCGAGCGGGAUUUCCCGCCGGAGGAGGAGGAGGAGGUGGUGGUGGAUGACGGGGGGAAGGCGGCGGCGGCGGCGGCGGCGCCGGCGGCGCCGGCGUCUCCGCCGCGCUUGCGGGAGCGCAAGGGCAGCAUCUCGGAGAUCCGCGGCGGGGACGAGUCGGAGCUGCGCCAGUACCACCGCAGGCACCGCGACGAGCGACUCCGCGAGCAGGAGACGGAGCGCCUGGAGCGCCAGCGGCUGGAAACGAUCCUCAGCCUCUGCGCCGAGUAUCACGAGAAGGGCAGCAUCUCGGACCUGCGCGGCAUUAUGGGUAAGACGGAGGGGGGCGGCAGCGGUGAGGAGGAGGCCCGUCCCGUCGCCGCGGCUGCACCGGCGCCAGUCUCCGCGGCAACCGUGGACUCAGCUCAGAGCCCUGGAGAUGACAGUCGUCAUGACGACGCCGGCGAGGAGAUUGGAGGGACCGCGGUGACGAUGGCGACGAGGGGAGGAGGAGGCAGAGGGGGGGAGGGGCCCGCAGGGGGCCGUGACGAGUGCAGCAGCAGCACAGAGAGCGCGCAGGACGAGGGCUACAUCCAGACUAUGUCGUCGUACGACAGAGUACCGAGCCCGCCCGAACAAUCCCGCAGGACGCCCAGGCAGGAGGCGAGGCUGAAGUUGGCGGAACAGAAGCAGGAGGUGAUGCGCCGGGAGGUGGGGCUCGAGCAGGAAGUGAUGCGGCGGGGGGCGGAGCACCGGCAGGAAGUGAUGCGCUUGGACGUGAGGAGGGCCCAGCUGGUGGCGGUGGUGGAGGAGCUGAAACGACGGAUCCACGAUGUGCAGAGCCAGAUGGAGGACUGCGCGCGAGAGGCGGAGAUGGAGCGGGCGCUGCUGGAGGGGGAGAAGGCGGCGGAGAAGUCGAACCUCGGCAAGGACCAGGAGGUGAUCGCCGCGCUGCAGAGGAAGAUGUCGGAGUUGGAGGCGCGCGUCGCCCGCCAGAGAGACAAGGGUAAGGCCCGGCUGGUGGAGGAGAGGCAGAAUCUGGACGAUCUCCACGCCAAGAAGUCAGACGUUGAAACGCAGCUCCAUAGCUGCCCCGAGGCUCUCAGGGAGCAGAUGGACGAGGAGCUGCGCAUGGUGAGCGACCAGCUGGAGAGCGGCGCUCGCCGCUUCGAGGACCUGGAGUUCCAGCAGCUGGAGACGGAGUCGCGGCUGGAGGAGGAGAGGGAGGCCGGACUGCACAGCGUGCUCAAGGACAUGACGGAGCUGAGACGCACCAUCGUGUCUCGCAAGGAGCGUCUGUGUGCGCUGGAGCGUCAGGCCAACCAGACGCUGCGGGCGGCGGAGGUGGAGAGGCAGAGACUCCAGCGGGAGAGGGGCACGCUCGUGCGCCUCUACGAGAGGGAGCGGGAGGAGCUCUCGCUGGUGGAGGUUGAGCUGGCGGAGGCGAUGGGGAACGUCGACGUCGCAGCCGCCCUGUCUCCUGCCCUCAGAGAGGAGUACUUCACCCUCAGCCAAAUCAAUCAGCUGUACGUGGGGACGGAGCCUCGGUCAGGCCACGCCCACCCCACCCAAGCCCCUCCCACUCAUUCUUCGGUCGUCGUGGAAACCGCCCGCUCGGCUGUCAAUCUCUCCCAGGCUUCUCCUCCUGACAUCCCUCUCGCUGAAGAGCCACGUGAGUGUGCGCUGGCCCCGUGCCCCCCGCUGGGCUCCGAGCGGUGGUACAGCGAUUGUGUCGCUGGGUUUGGACCCCCCAGAACCAUCCCCCCGCCGCCCCCGCUCCCCGCUAAGCAGCGCGGGGGAUCGAAGGAGGCGGCUGAUCAGUCCUCUGUGUUGGCCCAGCUGGGCACCAACAGCCUGCCCCGUAACCUGAAGGCCACCCUGCAGGAGAUAGAGAACAAGCGGCAGCAGACCUUCCAGGAAAAAGGGCACCAGGUGAUCGAAGAGCAGCGGCGACGCCUGGCCGACCUGAGGCUUCGGGCCGCGGCCGAGGCCCAGACGCAGUGGGCAGCCCUCCACGCGCUGCCCUCGUCGCCCACCUCGUCGUCGUCCAGGGGAUGCGCCGAGGAGGAGGAGGAGGAGGUGGAGGAGGCGGCGGCGGCGGCUGCCGCGAUGGUGGUGGAGGAGCUGCUGGGGAACGGUGGUGGCGGGGCGGGGGGUAGAGUGGGCGGUGGUGGAGGGGCCUACGACACGCUGAGCCUGGAGAGCUCCGACAGCAUGGACACGAGCGUCUCCAACGCCAACUCGCAGUGCUCGCCCGAUGCCAUGUCCAGUGCGAGCGGCAUGGACACGGUGCGUCUGGAGGAGAUGGAGCGGAUGUUGAGGGAGGCGCAGGUGGAGAAGGCGAGGCUCUUGGAGAUGAAGGAGCGCGAGACGGAGGAGCGCCGGCGUGCGCUGGAGCUCGAGCGACGACGUCGCGAGCGCGUGGAGGCGCAGCUCCGGGACGAGACGGAGCGGCAGCGGCGCCUCCUCGCCGGCGCGGGGGGGGGGGGCCCGGGCGGGGGGUCGUCGCGUGGGGCUGACGUGAGGCUCAGGGACGCGCACGCCGUGCAGCAGUCCCGCCCGCUGACCCGCUACUUGCCGGUGCGCAAGGAGGACUUUGACCUUCGUGGCCACGUGGAGGCGGCGGGCCACGGCGUGGAGACGUGCCGCCACGUGGCGCUCACCGCCAAGACGUGCCGCGGCCUCCUCACCAAGAUGGGCGGCAAGAUCAAGACGUGGCGCAAGCGCUGGUUCGUCUUCGACCGCAACAAGCGCACGCUGGCCUACUACGCCGACAAACACGAAGCCAAGCUGAAGGGAGUCAUUUACUUCCAGGCCAUCCAGGAGGUUUACUACGAUCACCUGAAAAACGCCAACAAGCCGUGGGGGAUAUUGAGAUUUGCCAAAAUCACAAGCCCCAACCCGGCGCUGACGUUCUGCGUAAAGACCCAUGACCGUGUCUACUACAUGGUGGCCCAGUCGCCGGAGGCCAUGAGGAUCUGGAUGGACGUCAUCAUCACGGGGGCCGAGGGCUACACGCUCUUCCUCAACUAGCCGCGUCCUGCCUCUCCGCCACCUUAUUUGCGCAUCCCCCUCUCAACGCCGCCAUCAUGGAUUGUGCAGCGCCGCCACUUUGGGUUCUUCAGUACCCGCCAGCGCUGCCACCGGAAGCUGUUGGAUGCCACCAUCUUCAGCCCUGCGAUGGCGCGACACCGGAUCGCCGUACUCGGAAAUUUUUUGAAUUUGGCGUUUCCACCAUCUUUGUUUUCAACAGCCGCCAUCUUGAUCGAGCCGCCAUCUUGAUCGAGUCGUCAUGGAUUUUGCAACUCCACAAUCUCAUUUCUGCUCCAGUUUGCUUUUUUCACCGUCCCGCGUUGCGCUACUGCCAAUUUGAAGUCCUGAUGUCUUGGAAACCACUGAUUUUCCACCUUGAACUCAUUUUUAUAUUUUUAGCAACACCUCUGGAUUUCCUCCGCCAAAGGAUUUGUUCAACUCUCUUCCGCAGUCCGUUGCUGUAUCGGCCAUCUUUGACACGAUAUACGAAAACAUUGGAAUUUAUAUCGUAAACUUUAUAUUCUCGUACGCUCCAAUAUUAUCAAUCAUAUACACAAUUAUAGCUCGACGUUCAUGAAUUUUAUAUCACUACAAUACGUUUAUAUAUUUGUUUUCUUUUUAGAAACUUGUAGGAAUUAUGAAUUUUUGCUGCGGCCAUCUUGAAUUUUAUCGUGCGUCCAUAUUGGGCAUUCACCCGCGAUCAACAAUAGGCAAGACACAGCAAUCGUGAACAUACCAGAAUCGGUGACAAAACAAUUAUACAUUCACAGACCUCUCAAUCCACUGUUGGAUGAAGUCCACCUCAUGCCCUUUUGGCUAUGGGGAGGGGGGGGUUUGACCAUACUUCACCGCGCAGGUUGGCCAACGGGGUGUGAGUCUGAGACGCAGAUUCACAUAUUGCCCGCCACUUUUGUUCGCCGUUGUCGCAAAUCGAACCCGGGAAGCGGGUUUGUAGCGCAGAACGCUAAAAUUCCGCGCCACCAAUGCACCCGUAAAUCGGACACAAUGUUAGGUAGAACUAAAGUUUUACAAACCACGGUCAGUUUAAAUGCAUGGAAAGACUGACUCAAGUACACGAUGGGUGUUGUUUUUUUUUCCACAAAGUUAAAGCAAUGCAACUUUAUUUUUUGUUUUUUUUUCUUGCGAUGCCAUCGCCUUGGUGGUGGUGUAACCGUCAGCAGCACCGCUGGACCUGCAAUACAGUGGGUCUCUGCCGGUUCGAUUCCACCUCCCGCCACGACAGCUGAAAAACAAUGGUGAAUUUUGUUUAAAUCCCCCCCCCCCCUUACUCCCUCUGUCCACCAUCCAGCAGUGUAAAUGAGUGCUGCACAGUUAGAUCGAUUGCAAGGGUCGCAUGGGUGCGGGCUAGAGUGUGCGGUGUUCCCACCUCUUUCGAAGGAAAAUCUAAGCGAGUGUGUGAAAGGAUACGCCCAAAAAAUAUCCUCUUAAGUCGUGGGACCCUUCUGUCUCCACGACGCGAUCUCGUUCUCAUUUUGGCCCAACAACAGUUCCUGACACCCACCACUGCAACUCUGGGGGGAAAACGUGGGUGAUGGCAUGGUUGUUUUAAAGAGCCGGUGCGGCAUAGAACCGUGGUCAAUAUUGCAAUGAUUGCAACUUUAACCUGACCUCACAGUCGGAACACACGACCCAACAAAGAACACGCGCGUGCUAGCGGUAAACUUUAGCGCUUGAGGUAUGUACAAACUUAAUUACUUUUGGAAGCACACACACACGUAGAAUUAUACGUAGACAUGCCUCCGUUACAUAUUUUUUCACUUUUUUUUUACCGGAACAAGUUUUAUUUAUGUGUUGGCGCGCCGCUUAACUGGAACACUAAAAGAGAGCAAUAGGGCUGGUGACUAUCCUGGCGUAACAGGCUAUUCGUCUUUUAGAUUCGAAGCUUUCGUGACUGCAGGUAUUACUCUUUGGUUAUUUCGGUAAAAUAAAAUAAAUGAAAUAAUAAAUAUAAUGCAAUACAACACAGAGAGUCGGCCAACAUAAGUCAACACCCUACCAGGUUG